AUGCCCCCAGCCAGGGCUGCCCCGUCCCUGUCCCCGCCCGUCCCGCCGCACUCUCGCCUCCGCCCGGCUCUGGCCGUGCUGGCGGUGGCUCUGCUGGGCGGGCAUCACCCGGCCCGAGCUCGGCAGCGCGGCCGCCGGCCCCGAGCCGCCGCUGUCCCGUUCCAAAGAGCGAACGCCUGGGGCUGCCCGGCCCGGGGCGGCCGAGAGGCGCUGGGGGCCGUUCCUGGCCCCGGGCCGAGCGCUGACAGCCGCGUCUCGCCGGCAGGGAAGGCGCAGCAGGGCCUGAAGGAGCGGAACCGGCUGGGUUCGCUGCUGGGCCGCGGCGGCUGCGGCAGCGUCUGGGCGGUGACGCGGCUCUCGGACAUGCCCAUCGAAUACGUGCCGCGGGAUCGCAUCCGGGUCCCAGAGCCCUGGCACGGCCCAAGCCCAACUGAGAUCGUGCCCCUGCAGAUCGUGCUGCUGGCCAAGGUGCCCUCGGGGUGUGCUGGUGUCAUUCAGCUCCUGGAGGGUUGGGUUGAGCUGCCCAACAGCUUCUUGUUGGUGCUGGAGCGUCCAGAGCGGUGCCAGGACCUCUCGGGUUUGCUGGCGGAGCGGAGGUUGCUGCCGGAGCAGGAGGUGUGGGAGCUGUUCCGUCAGGUGCUGGAGGCCGUGAGGCUCUGCACCAUCUGCGGGGUCCUGCACAGGGACAUCAAAGCAGAGACCAUCCUGCUCAACCUGGCCACUGGACAGCUGAAACUGAUCGACUGUGGCUGUAGCACCUUCCUCCAAGACAGCCUACACCCCGUUUGUAGAGUGCCAAGAUGUUAUUAAGAGUCAUUUGUCCAUGCAACCCUUGGACAGGCCGUCCUUAGAAGACCUUUUCUGGGAUCCUUGGCUGCAGGGUGUUCAUUUGCCCUAGAAGAUGGGAGAGAUCCUCGUGCGCAUUUGGAUCCAGGGGCCUGGCAUGUAUAUGCUACACCCAUCUCUUGGCAAUCACUGGAAAAGCAAACCAGAUGCUCCUGCAGGCCAAAGCAUUGCAGUUAGGGACACACAGCCAGUUGGCAAGAACCCAAACUCUCCACAGUCCCAGCUG